AUGGCAGCAUCAGGACCUUUGUAUAUGGGCUUCGACCUUUCCACACAGCAGCUGAAAGGCGUUGUUGUGGACUCACAACUCAAGCAUCAACAUGAGGCCAAGGUUGACUUUGACGCCGACUUUGGCGAAAAGUACGGCAUUGAGAAGGGUGUCUUGACAAAUCCUUCAGAAGGCGAGAUCUAUGCGCCUGUAGGCAUGUGGCUUGAGGCCGUAGAUCUGGUGCUUUCAAGACUACGAGAGGAUGGUCUUGAUUUCUCGCGAGUAAAGGGUGUCUCUGGAGCCGGCAUGCAGCACGGAACUGUUUUCUGGAGUCAACAAGCCGAGAGUUUGCUCUCAAGCCUGGACGCAAAGAAGUCGUUGGUCGAGCAAUUGGAGCCCAGUGCCCACAAGGAUGAGCGCAAAGGUGCUUUCAGUCACCCUGACAGUCCCAACUGGCAGGAUCACUCAACACAGAAGCAAUGUGACAAGUUUGACGCCGAGCUCGGAAGCCCGGAAACUCUGGCAGAGGCAACUGGCAGCGGAGCUCAUCACCGUUUCAGUGGCCCUCAGAUUAUGCGAUUCAAGUCCAAGUACCCAGACCACUACAAGGAGACUUCCCGCAUCUCUCUGGUCUCGUCAUUCCUGGCCUCUGUCUUCCUCGGCAAGUUCGCUCCUAUUGAUAUCAGUGAUGUUACUGGUAUGAACUUGUGGCACAUCAAGGAGGGCAAGUGGAACGAGAAGCUGCUCGCCCUAGCAGCAGGCAGCACAGAAGGUGCCGCUGAGCUCAAGCAGAAACUCGGUCACGUACCUGAAGACGGCGGUGCCAGCUUCGGCCACAUCAGCAAGUACUUCGUGCAACGCUAUGGCUUUGCUCAGGACUGCAAUAUCGUCCCAAUGACAGGAGACAACCCUGCAACCAUCCUCGCUCUCCCUCUCCAGGCCUCAGACGCCAUGGUCUCUCUCGGCACAUCAACCACCUUCCUCAUGAGCACACCGCAAUACAAGCCCGACCCCGCAUACCACUUCAUGAACCACCCCACGACCGCCGGCCUAUACAUGUUCAUGCUCUGCUACAAGAACGGCGGUCUCGCCCGCGAGCACAUCCGCGACGCAAUCAACGGCAACAAGACCGACCGCUCCUGGGACAAGUUCAACGAAGUUGCCCUAUCCACCCCUCCCAUGGACCAAAGAUCUUCCUCCGACCCAAUGCGCAUGGGCCUCUACUUCCCUCGCCCUGAAAUCGUACCCAAUGUUCGCGCUGGCCAAUGGCGCUAUGAGUACGAUGCUUCUUCCAACAAACUCAACCAGACUUCUGCAGAGCAAAGCGUAGAUGCCGAUGCUCGUGGUAUCGUAGAGUCGCAGAUGCUGUCUCUGCGCCUGCGUUCGGCAGCUCUGGUAUCCGGCCACGAGAUCAAUGGCAAGAAGCUGCCACCUCAACCUCGUCGCGUAUACCUCGUUGGAGGUGGCUCUGCUAACCCCGCCAUCGCACGCAUCAUUGGUGACGUCUUGGGUGGAGCCGAAGGUAUCUACAAACUCGACAUUGGUGGUAAUGCUUGCGCUCUGGGCGGUGCUUACAAGGCCGUCUGGGGAUGCGAGCGCCGUGGCAAGCAAACCUUUGAGCAGCUCGUUGAAGAGCGUUGGGAUGAGGAUGCUUUUGUCAAGAGAGUCGCUGAUGGCUACCGUGAGGGUGUCUUUGAGAAGUAUGGAGAGGCCCUCAGGGGCUUCGAGGCCAUGGAGAAGGAGGUCGUCAAGGCUACUUCCGAGGGUGUCCAUGCCCAGGACAAUGAAGGUGGUUUCAUGGCACCUCAGAACUAG